AUGGGGCCCCCGGGCAAUAGGGGAUCAUGGGGCCCCUGUGUCCUUGCCCAAACUCAAAAAAGCCUAUGAAAAAGGUACCAGGGGCCUCAGUGCCUGAUGGCAAAAACCUUGCACCACAAUAAACACAAAAAAUUUCAGGUACAGUCCAGGAUGGAGCUGGUGUGUCUUGCAGGGGCGGACUGACAACUCAUGGGGCCCCAGGCAAUAGGGGAUCAUGGGGCCCCUGUGUCCUUGCCCAAACUCAAAAAAGCCUAUGAAAAAGGUACCAGGGGCAUCUCAUGGGGCCCCCUACUGACCCGGGCCCUCGGGCAGUGCCCGAGUUUCCAAAUGGUCAGUCCGCCCCUGCAGUGGUGCAAUGCUUCAUGACCA